AUGGCCCCGUCAGUACUUGUGGAUCAGCUGGACCAUCCCGCUGCUGUCGUGACCAAGUCGCUCCAGAAGCGCGUCAUCACAGCCUCGCACCCCAACCCGUCCUUACAAGUGACGGCUGACCAUCAGCUGAAGGCUGUAGAGGCACCAAUCUAUGCGCCAGGCCAAGGAGAGGUGCUUGUGCAUAUCAAAGCGACUGGUAUUUGCGGGUCCGACAUUCAUUUCUGGAAGACUGGCCGAAUUGGAUCAUUGGUGUUUGAGGGAGAUUGUAUCAUCGGCCAUGAGGCUUCUGGGAUUGUAUUGCAGUGUGGUGAGGGUGUGAGCCAUCUCAAGCCUGGUGAUCGCGUCGCCGUUGAACCGGGUGUUCCAUGUGAGCACUGCUUCCUGUGCGACGAAGGACGAUAUAAUUUGUGCGAAGAUGUUCAAUUUGCAGGCGUUUACCCUUAUCAUGGUACAAUCCAACGCUACAAAGUUCAUCCCGCUAAAUGGCUACAUAAACUUCCGGACAAUGUCAGCUUUGCCGAAGGAGCGCUUCUCGAACCACUGUCGGUGGUAAUGCAUGGUAUUAAGACAGCAGGACUCAGUCUGGGUCGCGGCGUUGUGGUCUGUGGUGCUGGGCCUAUUGGAUUGAUUGCACUGGCCGCGGCCCGCGCCUCGGGUGCCCAUCCUAUUGUGAUUACCGACUUAGAGCCAUCUCGGCUGGCGUUUGCCAAGGACCUUGUUCCCUCUUGCAUCACCUAUCAGGUAGACCGGUCAAAGGACGCCCAGGGUAAUGCGGAGGCUAUUCGGGCUCUCUUUGGACCAACCGAAUAUACUGCGCCAGAGACUGUGCUUGAGUGUACAGGUGUUGAAAGCAGUGUGUGCACUGCAGCAUACACCGCGAGGCGAGGCGGUACCGUUAUGGUCAUUGGGGUGGGAAAGGCAAUCAUGAACAACCUGCCUUUCAUGCAUAUUUCAUUGGCCGAGAUUGAUCUUCGCUUCAUCAAUCGCUAUCGCGACACUUGGCCCCCCGCUAUCCAAUGUUUAAGUGGUGGAAUCCUAGAUUUGAAGAAGCUUGUCUCACACGUGUUUCCUCUAGAAAAGGCUGAGGAUGCGCUGCAUUUGUGUGCUGAUACGCGGAAUGGGAGCAUCAAGGUGUUGGUGGUGGACGAAGAGAACGCCUCGUUAUAA